AUGAAUUUCAUCCUCCAGGAACACCCGAAUUUGAUAUUUAUUUAUCAUUAUCUAUAUUUGUUGUAUGCCUAGCUGGUAUCUGUUCUGGAUUAAAUGUUGGUUAUUUAUCAAUUGAUUAAUUAUAAUUAUAGGUUAUGUUAAAAAGUGGUACAGAAAUUGAAAAACAAAGAGUAUUUUUUUAAACAAACAAAAAAUUUAAAAAAUAUUUUUAGGCAAACAAAGUUAUUCCUAUCCUAAAAAAUCACCAUUUAUUAUUAUCAACUUUAUUAGUAGCUAAUGCUAUUGCAAUGGAAGCUUUACCUAUAUUUUUGCAUUAAAUAGUCCCAGCUGCAGCUUCGGUUAUUAUUUCUACUAUUGUAGUCCUUAUUUUUGGUGAAAUUGUACCUUAAGCUUUAUGUACUGGCCCUAGAUAAUUAUAAAUUGCGGCAUUUAGUACACCUAUUAUUAUGUUUUUUGAAUUUAUAUUAUGGCCAAUAUGUUACCCUAUAGCAAAAUUUUUAGAUUUGUUUCUAGGAAUACAUGAAGUAACUAAAUUUCCAAAAAAAGAUAUAAAGGCUUUAAUUGAAAUACAUUAAACAUCAGAUGAUUAAACAGGACAUUUAUAACAUGUAAAUAAAAUUGCAUAUAUAAUAUAAAUUAAAUAUAAAAUAAAAGUUUGGAUUUAAUUAAGAAGAAGUAAGAAUGUUAAAAUCAACUCUAGAAUUAAGAGAUUAAAAAGUUUGUGAUAAAAUGAUACCAAUUGAUAAUGUUUAUAUGCUUAGUACUGAUAGCUUUUUUGAUAGAGAAUUAAUAAAAGAAAUACAUAGCAAAGGAUAUUCAAUGAUACCAAUUUAUAAAGGAAAUGAUAAAACAUGUAUUGAAGGUGUAUUAAGAACUAAAUAUAUAUUAAAAUGUGAAGAAAAACAUUUAAAUAAACCUAUUGCAAAUAGAUUUCCUUUAACUAAUCCUUUAAUGAUUGUUUAGGAUACAACUAUGUUAUAAAUGAUUUAAAUUUUUUAAUCUUAAAAAUCUUCAAUGGCAUUUAUAACUGAUGAAAUUAAGAAUAAAAUUAAGAUGAAAAUAAAAAUUAUAUAUGAGUAAUAAAGAUAUGAUUGUUGAGAAUUAUAACUAGAUAUUGGGUAUUAUAUGCUUAAAAGAUGUUUUUGAAGAAAUUAUUGAUAGAGAUUUCUAAGAUGAUGAUGCAAAUUAGAAUAUUAUAAAAAAUUAUGAAAAAAAUUUAAACAAAGUAGAUAAAGUUUAAGUUAACCUUUAAUUGAAUGAAAAAAAAAAAAAAAAAAAAAUUUUUUGCUUAAUAAUAAUAUAUAAAAUAUUAAUAUUUAACUAAAUUUUAAUAUAAUAUUGUAUAUAGUUUUUAUUUUUAAAUUAAAAUU